UGGGACGCGCACGUGUGUUUCGCCGUCUAGAAAGCACAAGAUGCGUAAAAAGCAAAGUGAUGAAAUACCCGGCUUCCCCUCUUUGGAACAGUCCGGGGCAACAGGUGGUGGCAAUGAUGAUAUUCUCAAGAGCAAAAACAAGUCAAAGAAAAGCGGUGGCUUUCAAUCCAUGGGUCUGAGCUUCGAGCUCAUAAAAGGCAUAACGAAACGUGGCUAUAAGGUGCCCACGCCUAUUCAGCGGAAGACUAUACCGUUGAUCUUAGAAGGACGCGAUGUUGUGGCCAUGGCCAAGACCGGCUCGGGCAAAACCGCAUGUUUCCUCAUACCUCUUUUCGAGAAGUUGCAGCGUCGUGAGCCCACAAAAGGAGCACGUGCCUUGAUUUUGUCGCCGACGCGCGAAUUGGCAGUGCAAACCUAUAAAUUCAUCAAGGAGCUAGGCCGUUUCAUGGAGCUGAAAACGAUUUUGGUGCUGGGCGGCGAUUCCAUGGACUCACAGUUCUCAGCCAUUCAUACAUGUCCGGAUGUUAUUGUCGCGACGCCGGGACGAUUUCUGCAUCUGUGUGUAGAAAUGGAUUUGAAACUAAAUUCCAUAGAUUAUGUAGUAUUCGAUGAAGCCGAUCGGUUGUUUGAAAUGGGCUUUGGUGAGCAAUUGAACGAGACUUUGCACCGUCUGCCUUCGUCCCGUCAAAUGGUUAUGUUUUCGGCUACUUUGCCAAAGCUCCUCGUGGAUUUCGCACGUGCUGGCCUCAGUGAUCCCGUGCUGAUACGUUUGGAUGUGGAGUCGAAGCUGCCGGAUGCUCUGGCCCUAAAGUUUCUGUACUGCCGACCAGACGAUCGUUACACGGCGCUUGUGGUACUGCUCAAGUAUGUGAUACCUCAAACCGCACAAACUGUGGUAUUUGCGGGAACCCAGCACCAUGUCGAACUUAUUUCUUUUAUACUGACGGAAGCCGGUAUAUCGAAUACCUCUGUAUACUCCAGCUUGGAUCCUUCCGCCCGAAAAAUAAACACAGCAAAAUUUGUAAACAAGAAGGUAUCGGUGCUUAUAGUCACCGAUGUGGCAGCGCGCGGCAUAGAUAUACCUAGCUUGGAUUAUGUAGUCAAUCUACAUUUCCCGGGAAAGCCGAAGCUAUUCGUGCAUCGGGUUGGUCGUUGUGCUCGUGCGGGGCGCACCGGCACUGCCUACUCUAUAUUCUCCACCGACGACACCGCGCAUUUGUUGGACUUACACUUGUUUCUCAACCGUCCCUUCAACAUUGAUGACAACUCUGUAAUGGGAACCAUACCACAGGAUCUGCUGGAGGAGGAGCACUUGACAGUAACCGACAUCAAAAAGAGCCACCACAUCGCUGGCGUUCUUCGCACAAGCGAGAAUGCAUACAAGAAAUACUUGAGCUCUAGACCUGUAGCUUCCACGGAUGCUAAUGCACGCGUCAAGAAAAUUAAGUUCUUUUCUUUGAAGCCGCUGGAGGACUUCUUUAAUGCUGCGCCGGUGCUAGCGCAAGCUGCUGAAGUCAAUGGCCAGGAUGGCGGCUCUAAAGAAGAUAUAGCAGCCGCCGAACGUAAACUUCAGGAGGAAAAACAUGAUAUUUUGGUGAAAAUGCGCAAUUUCCGACCUGGUGGGACCAUUUUCGAGCUGAACUGUACACAGAAAUCCGUGCCUUUUGUUGUCAUGAAGCAGAAGCGCUCAGAACAUGCAGAGGUUAUCGAAAAGUUCCGACAGCAACGCGACGAAGAGGACGUCGACGCGGCACAGAAAGCUGUCGACGCUAAACAAUCGUCCAGUAUGCCAACCGCCGACGAAGAAACUAUUACUAGCACCUUUAACAAGGUCGUGGCGCCGAAAAAACGCCAAAACAUGGACGCACUCUAUAAGGAAAAACCGAAAAAGAAGAAGCGUAAGGUCAACACAAAGGAUGACGAGCACUAUAUACCCUAUCAAUCAGCUGACAAACACACGGAAGACGGACUGGCUAUCAAUUCAUUUGAGCGUCAGGCGCAAAACGCUGAAUUCUCAGUGGUAGAUCGCAAUAAUACGGAAAUGAAACACAAGCCAGGUCUGAAGAAAUGGGAUCGCAUCAAAAAGAAAAUGGUGUCAGUGCAGGAUCCGCGUUCCAACAAAAUACGCACCGAAUCAGGCGCCUGGAUACCCGCUUCCUUUAAGACAGGUCGCUACAACGAAUGGAAGGAGAAAUCGAAGAUUGAGGAGCAGCUGCAGCGGGAGAAUGCGGAUAGCGACGAUGACAACUUUAAGCCACUGUCCCAUUCUCAGCGCUACCCAGUGGGACGACACGCUCGCCACAACGCCAAAGUUGAGCUGAAAAAACGCAUGAGCGGCAACGACAAGGAAAUGCGUCGGCCCGAGCAGAUUGUAAAGGCACGCAUGCGUUUGGAGCACAUCAAGAGAAAGCAGGAAGAAAAUACAACGCGCAAAGCUGAAAACCGUAAGCGCAGCACGCGAAAAAAUCAAAGGCCAAAGCCACAAGCUGCUGGCAAAGGCAGGGGGAAGGGUGCCCCAGGUCGUGGUGGGAUCAAGAAACGCAAGUGAUAGACAAUUAAGGCAAAAUAAAGGCAAGUUCUUACUUUUUUAAAUGUGUUUUUUGCCAUAGAUACUACAAUCAAUUUUGAAUUUAAAAUGCGAAAUUAAAGAGCCUACAAACCAUC